AUGCCUAGAUCCCGUGGAAAUGGAAAUUUCAUUGAUAAGACCUCCUCAAUUGUAGCCAAUAUUUUAUUGCGAAUAAUUCCGACAACCUCAGGAGAAAAAAAGGCAUUUACUUAUUAUAGAGAUGGUGCGAUUAUGUUGGCUCAAUCCGAAGGAAAUUAUGCGGAAGCUUUGCAAAAUUAUUAUGAAGCUACGCGACUAGAAAUCGAUCCCUAUGAUCGAAGUUAUAUACUCUAUAACAUAGGCCUUAUACACACAAGCAAUGGAGAGCAUACAAAGGCUUUGGAAUAUUAUUUCCGGGCACUAGAACGAAACCCCUUCUUACCGCAAGCUUUUAAUAAUAUGGCCGUGAUCUGUCAUUACCGAGGAGAACAGGCCAUUCUACAGGGUGAUUCGGAAAUUGCGGAAGCUUGGUUUGAUCAAGCUGCUGAAUAUUGGAAACAAGCUAUAGCGCUUACUCCGGGAAAUUAUAUUGAAGCACAGAACUGGUUGAAGAUUACGAAGCGCUUUGAAUUUGAAUAA